CAGGUCUAACAACUUACACACAAACAUAGUUUAUGGUGCAAAAGUCACCUGUAUUUAUUCUAGCAUAAUUUUCCUUAAAGACUGGAACAGGGAACAAACACCAUACCACAGCCUUAAUUGUCCUCCGCCCCCUAUUUCACAGUUUUAUAUUCCCUCUUCCAAUGGCCCAGUGGAUUUCCACGUUUCCAGGAUACAACUGGCUUCUCACCAAGGUCAAAAAGUCUUUUGGCGCUGUUGUCCGUGAAGGGCCCAUUCCUCGUCACGUGGGCAUUAUAAUGGACGGCAACCGUCGAUAUGCCCGUACCCACAACAUCGAAUUGAAAGAAGGCCAUAGCCUUGGAUUUGAGAGUAUGGCCAGCGUAUUGGAAUUGCUAUAUGAAUGUGGCGUAGAGCAUGCCACCGUUUACGCAUUUUCGAUCGAGAACUUCAAGAGAUCUAGCUAUGAAGUCAAGUGGUUGAUGGACUUGGCCAAGCUGAAGUUUAAACAAGUCACUCAGCAUGGGGAAUUGUGUGAAGAGUAUGGGGUAAGAAUCCGCAUCUUGGGUAACACUGCACUUCUCCCCCCCGAUGUCCGCAAAGUGUUGAACGAAACUGAACAAAUCACCAAAAACAAUAAGAGAGCCACUUUGAAUGUGUGCUUUCCGUACACCUCGCGGGACGAAAUAACUCACCUGAUCAAGUGCAUUGUCAAUGAGUCGAUCAAACAAAACGACUUUAUAAUAGAUCAAUCCACCAUCGACAAGUUCCUCUACACGCGGGACUCACCGCCAUUGGACUUGAUGAUCCGAACAUCGGGAACAUACAGACUUUCGGACUUUUUACUCUGGCAAGUGGUGUCGUCCGACUGUGCUGUGGUGAUGGUGGAGACGUUGUGGCCUGAGUUCACCCCGUAUCACAUGGCUAAGAUACUACUCAACUGGGGAUUCAACAAGUACUGGUACGGCAGUCCUCAGGGGUAUCGUGCGCGCGGCCAGCCGUUGCCUCGCCAAUAUUUCGAGAAUGAAGACGAAGAUGAAGGUGAAGAUGAGGAUAUCGAAGACCAGGAAAGCUCCGAUCGCGACUUGGACAGCUUGAUCAAUGACGAAGACGAUACGAUGACUUCACAGGACUCAAGCGACAAGGAACAAAAGUGACCCAGUCACCGACUACUAUAGCACUUUGAAAACGUUUAUAGCACUUAUCAUCAAGUAUUCUAUCUAACAUUAAAGCACAAAAUUGAGUCGUG